AUGUUUGGCCCCGCUGGCGGCGCGCGUUGCGAUCAGGUGACGGUGAACGGGGGGGGGUUGUUCACGAAGAGGCCGGACAGAAUGUACGGGGGCAUCCCAACGUAUUGGAGCUUCGAUGGGAAGGAGUUUGCAUAUUUCGUUGCAAGUUUCGAGAAGUGGUUGGUGGUUGAAGGAGAACGUUGGACAAGUGUGCAGAAGGGUGAGCUAUGGCACUUCGCACGGAUUCCCAGGUCUGACCUCGCUUGUGGCUGUUCCGACUCACCUGGGGGCGUGGCAGGUUUUCUGGAUGUCUCGUGCAGUGACGUCAAGGAGCCCUACCCGAAGUAUUCGAACGUGAAGUGCACGGGUGAGUACGCGACCCAUGUGCAAAGGUAUUGCCCAGGUACGUGCGGACCGUUGGAUGUCUGUGCAUCGUCAUCAACUUCGUCUCCAGGACCAGAGGAUCCCACGUCGAGUGCCACGACUCCCGCCCUGAGGCUCACUUGCCUGGAUCAUGAGCAGACGGGUAUAACAAUCAACGAUGGGCAAAGCACAGCCACGUGCGACGAGCUCCGGUCGUACUGCUUCGUGUCUGAGGCAGUGCAGUCGAAGUGUUGCAAGACGUGCGAACGCGAGGCCGAGCAGGCGGAGAUCACCGACGGCAGCGACGCAGGCGGAGGCGAGUGUCACGAUGACGUAGGCUUCAGGUUCACCGUCAACGGGCAGGAAUUGGGUGUGGCCAGGCGGGCCAUUAUUGCGAGGACCACGAUUCCGUGCGAGAGCUGUGCUGCCAAACAUGCAAGCAGCAGUUGGAGAACAACAUCAACGAGAUGUGCUUCGAUGACCCCAAGCCCGGCAUCGUAA